CCUAAACUCCUACUCCAAGGAGGUAGACAUCAAACUGAUCAUAGUCGUAACAGAAGAUAACGUCAAUCAAACACAAAUCCCCUCGCUCUUCCUCUCUCACCCUCCGGGAGAGUUGGGCUCUCUGAACCUGAAUGCGCUGACCCGUUUGGGUUUUCGUAGAGAAGACAAUCGAGGUUGGUUCAAAAUGAUUGCGAUUCCCUACUUAACCUUGUUAACCACCUACUUCAGCUACGGUUUGCUCUUUGUUUUCGGCCACAUCAGAGAUCUCUUCCGGAAUAUAACCGGCUGGUUCAGCUCUAACAACCUUCAGGGUUAUGCUCCAAUUUGCUUAGGACAAGAGGAUUUCUAUCUACGCCGGUUAUAUUUUCGAAUUCAGGACUGUUUCGCGCGACCGAUAUCAAGUGCUCCUGGUGCUUGGUUUGAUGUGAUUGAACGUUACUCCAAUGACAAUAACAAGACCCUAAAACGAACCACAAAGAUAAGUAGAUGCCUUAACUUGGGAUCAUACAGCUACCUUGGCUUUUCUGCAUCGGAUGAAUACUGCACACCACGGGUAGUUGAGUCAUUGAAGAAAUAUUCGCCAAGCACCUGUAGUAGCCGGGUAGAUGGAGGCACUACUGUAUUGCAUAAUCAAUUGGAGGAGUAUGUUGCAAACUUUGUUGGAAAACCAGCUGCAAUAGUUUUUGGCAUGGGGUUUGUAACAAACUCUGCUAUCAUUCCAGCUUUGAUUGGGAAGGGAGGUUUGAUCAUCAGUGAUUCUUUGAACCAUAGCUCCAUCAUCAAUGGUGCACGAGGAUCUGGAGCUACAGUUCGUGUUUUCCAGCACAAUUCUCCUUCUCACUUGGAGGAAGUUUUGAGAGAGCAAAUUGCCGACGGACAGCCACGGACUCAUAGACCUUGGAAGAAGAUAAUUGUCAUUGUUGAGGGGAUCUACAGUAUGGAAGGGGAGCUGUGCAAACUUCCUGAGAUUAUAACAAUCUGCAAAAAAUACAAGGCCUAUGCAUAUUUGGAUGAGGCCCACAGCAUUGGAGCAGUAGGGAAAACAGGAAGAGGUGUUUGUGAGCUAUUGGGUGUGGAACCUGCUGAUGUAGAUAUAAUGAUGGGCACUUUUACCAAAUCAUUUGGAUCAUGUGGUGGCUACAUUGCAGGAUCCAAGGAGCUUAUUCAAUACUUGAAAUACACUUGCCCUGCUCAUCUUUACGCAACCUCAAUGUCACCACCGGCUGCAGAACAAAUUAUAUCUGCCAUAAAGGUUCUUCUUGGAGAGGAUGGGACUAGUAGAGGUGCCAAAAAACUUGCUCAGAUACGGGAGAAUAGCAACUUUUUCAGGUCAGAACUGCUGAAAAUGGGUUUUGAGGUUCUUGGGGAUUAUGACUCUCCAAUAAUGCCAAUUAUGCUUUACAACCCAGCGAAAAUUCCCGCCUUCUCACGAGAGUGCCUCAAGCAGAAUGUGGCUGUAGUGAUGGUGUCAUUUCCAGCAACCCCACUACUCUUGGCAAGGGUUCGUAUAUGCAUAUCUGCUUCCCAUACUAAGGAAGACCUGGUUAAAGCCUUGGAGGUUAUCAGUCAGGUUGGUGAUCUGGUGGGUAUAAAAUACUUCCCUGCCGAACCAGGGAACCAGCAGCAAGAGGAGAAGAUGCUGAAGCUGGACUGACAGAAAUCUUUUAGCUUCGAUUGUCAGUUAGAAGUAGCAAGGAUAAAGGUUGGGGAAACUUGACUAUGAAAAAUGAUGUUGUUGCUUGGUAUAUAUUUUAGUUUUCUUUCAAUCUAACUUCUGGCAUCGCCUGGGCACUGUGUAAUUUGUUGCAUUCGCUGUCAUAUAUGACUGCACGCCAAGAGAUCCUCUUUGUUCAUAUUUACAAGAGUAAAUUGAGCCUCAUGUCCUGGCAGGGCUUUUUAUAUAUAUAUAUAUCUUUCUGUUUAAAUUA